AUGGCUACUAUAUGUAUUCACUGUAAUAAAUCAUUUGUAUCAAUUGGUAGACAUUCCUGGCGCUGUACAAAAUUAAAUACAAUCUCAAAUGUUAAUAUUUCUACUGUUAUUACCGCAUCUGUAUCUCCGAACUUAAACGUAAACAAUAGCUCUAACAAUAUUAACUCUAAUUUCAGUAAUUUUAAUUCAAAUAAUGUAGAUAAUUUAUUGUCAUGUUGUUGCGGGAAAUAUUGCAAGGGCCGAAGAGGUCUUAUAAUGCAUCAACGUUCAUGCAAAAUGUUCAAAACACUGAGAGUUACAAAUAAAAAAUCAAACCAUGAAAAUGACUGCUCCAGUUCACCCUCUUCGCCACGGCUGCCAACCUCCGCUUCAGCAUCCGAAACUGAUCCGUCGUCUACGUCAACAGAAUCAACUGAUGUCGAUACAUCUGAAUCAUUGCUUCCGGGAGUCAAAUUGCCAAGAACAGAGGCAGAAUGGACCGAAGCCAACGACUACUUCGAAUCCAUCGAAGCGAUUUUUCAGAUUUCGGCAACUUGA